AUGUGAAAUGGGUAACUGUUUUUGGGAGGGAAACAGUGAGACCAGGGGGGAGGGGGUCUGCGGGGACAAAGAGUAGCUGGUCAGGUGUACUGACUCUCAGUCAGUGCUGGUCAUGACCACAGCUCCAUGCUGAUAGUUACGAGAAGGGAGCAGACUGAGUGAGGAGCCGUCAAAGGAGACAGGAUGGUGAGGUGCUGGAAGCAUUCAGAAAACCGUCUGGAGGAAGCACGGUGCACGGAUGGGAGCCCUAUUGUGUCCCCCGAGUCCACCUUCCCACACAAAGCAUUCUGGGUCAGCCUCUCAGCCUCUUUGCUCCUGGUCAUCACUGUGCUCGGUUUGACGGGGCACCUCAACCUGUCACAGCCUCCGUCUCAGCCUUUGCAGGUGGCGAGAAUCACAUUUCCAGAUCAGACUGGAGUUCUGGUCAACCAGUCAGUCAUUGUGGACCAGCAGAAUGAGCUGGUAAGCUUGUCUGUGACUUCACCAACAAAUAAGAUGUCCACUGUGCUCUUCGAUAUAAAACAUGGUUUGAUAUGUUACAGACCAGUCAACCAGGACAGCUGCUUCCUGCGAAAGAUGGACCAGUCCAACUAUGACAAUGUACACUCCCUCCUUCACGAGUCAACUAAUAAGCAGAGUCAGUUCCAGCUGUCUGGGAACGAGACCCAGAGGCAGACGGAGUUCCUGGGGGUGCUGGCAGCCAGUCAGGUGGAUGUGUCUGUACUGGAGGAGCCUCUGCAGGCUCUGUGUCAGGACCGGUCUGUCCACUGGACCACAAGGGCUGAGGGCCCAAGCAAACAGAGGCUGGUCUACUUCUGCAUCGACAUCUGCUUUCCCAGCAACAUCUGUGUGUCAGUCUGUUUCUAUUACCUGCCUGAGUGACUGCGUUUU